CAGUAUGCAGUGAGACACAUCUGGGCUACAAUGUGUUUUGUAGCAUUAUUCACAAUAGACCAGUGUAUGGAAUCAGUUACAUAUAUAAAUAUAUAUAUAUGUAAACACAAUGGAAUGUUAUGCAGCUAUAGAAAAGGAGGAAAAAACGUAAUUUGUGACAAGGUGUGGACAUGAAGAAACUUAUGUUAAAUGAAAUGUAUGUUAUAUGUAAGAUGACCAAAAUGUAGUGCCUGACCAGCAAGUCAGCAGGAACAUUUUUAAAGCUAAAGAUCUCCAAGGAAAAUUUCUAGAACUUACAUCACCUGCAAGUCCUGUCAAAGUUUAUUGCAGUGUUCUCCUCAUUUCUUUCCUGCUUAUGCUUGUAAUUGGACUUUCUGUUGCUUUGUUGGUGACAGAGCUGGUCACAGAGAACAGGAUGUAUCCUUCCUACCCAGGAAACUGGGUCGGACUUGGAAAUAAGUGUUUCUAUUUUUCUGAAGACACAAGUAAUUGGACAUUCAGCCAGACUUUCUGUGCCUCACUGGAAGCCAGUCUUGCUCAGUUUGCAAGCAUGGAGGAAUUGAAAUUCCUGUUGCGAUACAAAGGCUCUUCUGACCAUUGGGUUGGCCUCAACAGGGAAUCACCACAUCACACUUGGAAAUGGGCAGACAACAAUGAAUACAAUGCCUCGUUUACCAUCAGAGGAUCUGGAGAAUGUGCCUACCUGAUAGAGAAUGGAAUCAGCAGUGCUGGUAUCUACAAAAAAAUGAAGUGGAUUUGCAGCAAGCCAUGCAGCUAUAUUCAAAAGUGUAAAAUUACUUAAUUCUUUUUAGAAAGCAGAUAUAUUGUAACUUAUUAUAUACAAUUUCUGUUGCCACUGUUUGGGCUACCAAAAUUUUUAUUAAAAUAAAGUCACAAUGGAACAUGCCUCAAGUGGUAGAGUGCUUAUCUAGCAAGCACAAGGCCCUGAGUUCAAAUCCAGUACUACCAAAAACAAAAAAAGAAUUACUAAAACGUAGCAGACCAUCUUACAGGGUUAUAUUAUAACAAAGAAAUUGAAUUAUACUUCUAUGAUCAGAUAUAAAACUUUUCUUAGUCAGUUUUUGCUUUGAAUGCAUGAGACUGUGAAAAUGAAUAGCUACUGAAAUUAUGCUUAUGAUUGUAACAAUUGACAAGAUUAUAUACUUGAUCUAAGAACUUAAAACUUUUAACCAUUCAAAAUCUUUAAAAAAAUUCAAUUCCCAAAAUAAAGAGAAAUUUCAAAGGUACCAAAAUGAAUAUUCUUUUUAUGCUGUGAAAUUUAAAACAUUAGUAAGGUGGACAGAAGACAUCACACUUCAGUUCUCAUGUUUAUGUUUUCAAUUAUAGUGUACUAAGUUUACAUUAAAUGUAUAAAGUAAUAUCAUUUUAAUUUUACCCUUUAUUGGAUUUAAAAUCUUGCUUAUAUUUCACAUCUAGUGAUAGUUACUUGAACUCUUUAAGCAUUUGAUAGCUAAUCUCACAACAAUUUAUGUUUUUGAGUUUUGAAAACAAAAUAUUUAAAAUUUUUAUAGCAUUAGCUACAAUGUACUGAUGAGUCCCAAUAAGGAUGAAAUAACAAGUUACAAUGUAUCUCUUUCCCCGGGAGCAUACAUCUGUCCUAAUUUGAGUAUAUAGAUAUUCAUUUCUGCUUUUAUGAGCUUGUCCACUAUUUGAAAAUAUAGUAAUUUGUAUAUAAUUAACUUUAUGUUUUUGUUAGUAGGUAAAUAUGUAAGGGUAGUUCAUUCAAGAACUGGAUUUUGCUUAGUAUUUCUUCUCUUUUAAUUAAUUUAACAUUAAUAUUGUUUUUGCCUUUAAUAUAUUUGCAAUCUGUUUCAGAACCUGUACUUUCUAGGCAGGUGUUCUAUGAUUUGAGUCAUGCCCAGGUACUUUUUUGCUUUAGCUAUUUUUCAGAUAGGGUCUUAGAUUUGUCCUGGGACAGCCUUGGACUAUGAUCCUGGAUCACAGGUGUAUACCAGCAUGCCUAGCUUAUUCGAGAUGGGAUCUUGAUAACCUUCUGGCUAGACUAUUAGAAAUAGGCAGCCACUAUUUCUAAUUCACUGCUGUAUCUUAACAUAGGUUGUCAAAUAAAAGAUGUAUUCAAAACAUACCUGUGGAAUGGAGGAAUGUCUUCCUUACACGUGUCUGCCCUUUUUGCUUAGUUUAUAUUGUUAAACUAUGUAUGAUUAACUUACAAAAGCAACUGUUUCAUCACUACAUGGACUUAUCCUUCAGUUCCUCACCCUUUCUU